UGUUGCGAACAGCCGGGGGAUGCCUCGUCUGCAAUACCACCAUGAAAUGGAAUUCGCCACGUUCAGGUCACAUCACUACGCACAUCCGGCGCUCCUGCACCGACUCGGCUUCGAGCCGCAUCUGUUGACAUCGACGGCGGUCCAUCUUCAGCAACAGUUGCAGUACAUCAGGUACUCGGAGCCUCUGGAGUUGACGCCGUGUCCGUUGGAUCUUAGCAUCAAGAACCAGGCUCCGAUAACACCGCCAUGUACGCCGAGUCCCGUUCACAAGAAGGCCAGGUCGCCGUCGCCGGAGCUGCCGUCCAAGAAGAAGGCCCCGAGUGUGUCCACCACGCCGAAGAAGAUCAAGGCCACCAGGAAGUUGAACUUCGACGAGGACAACAGCUCCCCGGUAUCUGGCACCAUCAUAAGAGAGCUUGGACCCAACGAAAAUCUGGUGGUCCGCAAGGGUGACAUAGAUCCUGCCUUCAACGUAGUAGAAGUCACUGAAGAAGCGAAAGCCGAACUCGCCAAGAUCGAAAACAUAAUUGGCGACUAUGUAUGCAGACUGUGCAAGGAACUCUACGAAGACGCUUUUGGACUAGCCCAACAUCGAUGUUCCCGUAUCGUCCACGUGGAGUAUCGCUGUCCAGAAUGUGAUAAAGUGUUUAACUGUCCAGCGAACCUGGCCUCGCACAGAAGAUGGCACAAACCACGGCCCAAUAAGGAGAGCAAGCAAGAGGAAAGCGAGGAAGAUACCGGUGAGCAGUUUCCAUGUGGUGAAUGUGGAAAGCGUUUCCGUAGACUCGCUUACUUAAGGAAACAUCAGACCACCCACCAAAUAGACUGACAGCGGUUGAUUCCAGUUCGUCCUAUUCCGAGGAUGCCGCCCCGUCUGUGGAGACCGCCUCCUUUACCACCACUAGUUAAUCCUGAAAGGUAUGUACCAAACAUCACGUGGCUGACCCACUUCUGAAGCGGAUGUAAUAUAGUUUUGUAAAUUAGACUGUAAAUAUGUGCCAUAUAAUAAUUACUUGUACAUUUUUAGAAUACAGUUUCACAUGAUCUCACUUAAUAGUUAAGAUUACACAGUUGCGACUGUUAGGUUAGGUAUCAUAGGGUUGUGAUUUAAGCAUAAGAUUAUUCUGAUUUUACAGCCAGUCAUUAGUUUAAGUUAUGCAGAGCACAAUGAUUUAUUUCAUUUCAUUAUUUUUAGUACACCGUUUUAAAUAUAGAUAAAUUAAAUGUAAAACUGAAAAAAAAAAAUUAUAAAAUAGUCAAUACUAUAAUUAUAUCUAGUCGGAUUCUAGUCAGAAAAUUUGGGUUAAUUUUCCAAAAUAUAUCUAGUCAUUAUAUUUAGUUUAUAAUUAAUAUUAUUUUUUUCUAGUCGAUCUCUAGUCAUACAUAAAAAAGAUUACAUUCUAGUCAUAUCCGAUUCUAAUCUAGUCACAAAGUUAUCUAAAAAUCUAGUCAGAUUUAUAUAUUCUAGUCGAUUAAAAUCUAGUCUCUAACUUAUUAUUUCUAGUCAUAACAGAAAUACAUAUCUAGUCUUGAUUUAUUUUAGUCACCUAAGCCCACAUAGUACUAAAUAAAUUAUAGAUAAUAUAUUAAUCAAUACCUAGUCAAUUAUUCUAGUCACACAUCAUCCUUCCCGUAUAUUUUACUUGUAAAAUAUAUUUGCGAAGGACAUCUUAACAUAUAGUCACAUUUAAUUUUCUAGUCAUCUAAGAGAUCUCUAUCGUGUGUACUCUAGUCACAAAACAAUGUACAUUUUUUUCUAGUCAUAAAUCACAGACAUUACCACUUAAGUUUAGUUUUUAAUUAUAUAUGUGUAAUUUAUGUCUUAAACCAUACAGCAACCAUUCCAAACAUAAUAUUAAUUUAUCACCCAUUAUGCCUUAGUCAUUUUUCAUAUGAUUUAGUGUUUAAGAAAACUUGUGAUAUUAUUUUUAUAAGUAUAGAUUUAGAUAAUUUAGUUUAUUCAUUGGGCAUUAGAACACGUGAAAUUUUACGUCAAUAUCAUUUUAGUUCCUUAAAAAAAAUGUGCGUCAAAAAUCUGUAUAAAAGUGGCUCGCACAUUUUUAACGAUAUAAUAUGUUCUCUAAUAAUUAGUUCGCUGAAAAGAUGUGCGCAAUAAAUCUGUAUAAAAGUGGCUCGCACAUUUUUUUCAUGUCUUUAGUUUUGUACUUUUUCUAGUCUUUAGUCCACAGUGCGGGCAGGGAAAUAAGUUUGCAAUAAGCUUUAAGCGGCAACUUUACCACACUUAAAAUUUAGUUUAUAAAUUAUUUAAAAGAAAAAACAAACAAAAUUUUAAUUUGUGAAUGUUAUGCCAUAAAUUGUAUAAGAUUUUUGUAAAUGCAGAAUAUUUUAGUUAGCGUCUUAAAUAUUCCACAUCAUGGGAAGCGCCAGUAUUAUAGUCUUAAUUUAACAUAUUAGUCAUAAUCCUAGUCUAUUUGUAUAUUUAUUUAUAUAGAUAUAUGUAUAUGUCUAUUAAAUGCGAGUGAAUCUCUAGUCAAAGAUUAGCAUAAUCUAUGUUAGCUAAACCUCAGGGUGAAGCCAAAUAUUAUUUAAUAUAGAUAGGAUAGUUUUAGUAAUAAUGUGUGUAAUUAUUAUUAUUUAUCUUUGUAUAUAUAACUGUAUGUAAUAUAUUGUAAAAUAUUGUAAAAAUUUGGCUUGAGUGAA